GGGGGCGGAAGCCGCGGCGAGAGGCUGCGAGCGGCGGCCGGGCGGCGGGCGACGGGGCCGGGGGACUCGGGCCGCGGCCGGGGCGGAGCCGGGGCCAUGGACCCGCAGCUGCCGGGCUAGGGAGGGCCGGCGCCGCCGGGCCCGCGGCGAUGGCGGGCUACGCGCGCCGCCCGGGCGUCCCCCCGCUGUCGCGAGCCCGGAGCCUCGUCAUUCCGGACGCUCCUGCGUUCUAUGAGCGCCGGUCUUGUCUCCCCCAGCUAGACUGUGAGCGCCCCCAUGGCAGGGACCUGGACUCCCACUUCUUCGGCAUUCGGCCGACGUUUAUGUGCUAUGUGCCCAGUCCGGUGCUAGCUUCCGUGGGAGACACAGAUUUUGGCUACGGAAAGGGGAAGUGUACCAAGCAAGGUCCGCCGGGAGCCCAGGAGACACGUUUUGGAGAUGAUAAACUUGAAGAUCUUGCAGAGACGAAUCCAUUCUCCUUCAAAGAGUUCCUGAAAACCAAGAGCCUCGGCCUGUCGGGAGAAGACACCGCUAAUAACCGGAUUUACUCAAAGGAACCCACAAGGCACCCACUGGGACUUGGCCGCAGCUCCCCACCCCCCCAGACCGUGGGGUUCGGCCUGGAAUAUCAGCAGCCGUUUUUCGAAGACCCUACAGGGGCUGGCGACCUUCUGGCCGAGGAUGAUGACGACGACGAGGACGACGGCUGGGACGGGGCCUACUUGCCGUCCAGCGUGGAGCAGACCCGCUCCCCGGGGGGGGCUGCCACCGGCACGUCGCCCUGCAGCAAGUACGUCUCCUUCUUCUCCACCCCGUCGGAACUGGUGGGGCCCGAGACCUUGCCCCCGUGGACGCUGAGCGACUCUGACUCCCGCGCCUCUCCGGCGGGGAGCCCCAGUGCAGACUUCACGGCUCACGGAGAGUCCCUGGGAGACAGGCACCUCCGGACGCUGCAGAUAAGCUAUGAAGCACUGAAAGAUGAAAAUUCUAAGCUGAGAAGAAAGCUGACUGAGGUUCAGAGCUUCUCUGAAACUCAAACAGAAAUGGUGAGGACGCUGGAGCGGAAGCUGGAAGCGAAAAUGAUAAAGGAGGAAAGUGACUACCACGACCUGGAGUCAGCGGUCCAGCAGGUGGAGCAGAACCUGGAGCUGAUGACAAAACGGGCUGUCAAGGCGGAAAAUCACGUCCUGAAACUGAAGCAGGAAAUAAGCUUGCUCCAGGCACAGGUCUCUAACUUCAGGCGCGAGAACGAGGCCUUGCGGUCGGGCCAGGGUGCCAGCCUGACGGUGGUGAAGCAGAACACCGACGUGGCCUUGCAGAACCUUCGCGUCGUCAUGAACAACGCCCACUCCUCCAUAAAGCAGCUGGUUUCUGGAGCUGAAACGUUGAAUCUUGUUGCCGAAAUCCUUAAAUCUAUAGACAGGAUUUCCGAAAUUAAAGGGGAGGAAGAGGAGUCCUGAGAACUCUGAGGUGCUCCCGGGGUCGAAGCCUGCCUACGUCCAGAUGCCACCGCUUGCUGGAUUUGAAAGUGCCACUGUGUCUAAGUACGUCGCCUCCGGCCAGAGUAAAACUCCUUGUCAUGGCAGCUGACUUCACGACCUGAAUGGCACUAGCAGCCAGCUGAGCGAGGAGCCCCUGCGUGUGACAGCCACGCCUGGUUUCGACACGGCCCUUCCUCGGGGGCUCCUGCCGCUUUGUGGACUCGUGCUCUAUCGGAAGGCGUUUCUAUGAAAGCCAGUGAUUUUUUGAAGUUAACUAAAUGUGAAAACAGCAGUUCUGAAAUAAGUGUUUUCCGUCGUUAUUCCAGAACGUUAAUCGUAAGAUAAGUUCAGUCGAUCAUCCUUGAUUCCGUAAGGAGGGUGGGGAGGCGUGCCGCAACCCCGUGCUCGCCUCCCAGGGCCCUCGAGCCUCUGUGACGUCACUUGGUGCCCCGGCCCGGCUUCUGGGGCCUAGUGGGCGGCCCCUGCAAGUGGAGCCCUGAGCCUGGAUGGCCCGCGUGGGGACGCUGCUGUCCUCCCGCGGGGUCCCCAUCACACGGGCCACUGUGCGUGACCAUCUAAACGCACCUGUGGGCCGUCAGAUUCAAAAAGCGACUUUGGCUGGAGGGUGUUGAUGCAUGUUUCGAGUGGCAUCUUAUACGAUGAAGUUUGGAAUUCAGGGAUUUCGAGUGCGGGCGGAGCCUUCCUGGGUCAGCACGGGGCGUUCCCAGGUGCCUUUCCAGCUGCUCGCUGACGUCGGGGAAGCACGACGUGCACUCUACGCCUUUUUGGCCGUUUUCCUCUAGACGUUAUUUUUUUAAAUUUCCUUUUCUUCUGUUCAAACGGACAGCUUUCCUAUUUAAUAAAUGGUAAAACUCA